GCAACGGCGGCGUUCAGACCUCAAGUCUCUCAUAGAUCAGCGAUAGCAAGCAAUUAAAUUAAAAAUUAAAAUACUGGGAACUAAAUUAAAACUCGGAACUGAAUUAAAAUACCGGGAAUUAAAUUAAUACACUGGGAAUUAAAUUAAAAUUCAGGAAUCAAUUUCGAAAUUCCUGGAAUUAAAGUGUAAGGAACAAAUUCCCCUUCAGUUGUGAAGGAUAAAUGCACAGAAGCUCAUUAUCUUUCACUUGUUAAAUAGAUUAAUGACGGUUUAUUCCCCUCCGCUCAGUAUCUCUAAUAGUCUGAUUAGCAAGUUCAUUUUGAAAACAAACUUGUAAACAGGAUAGAAAUCACUACAAUAUUUUCAAGUUUAAGAAGUUUUCUUUUCAAAAGUAAACCUCUGCUUCUAAAUUACUUUUUAAAGAAAAUGUUUACUGGCCAUUGAAAUGGAAAGUUUUGGAAAGUGGGAGAAUUAGCAGCCUGGGGAAGUGUGAAGUGCUUUAUUUUGACAGAAGGAGUAAGAAGACAGACCACUGAUGCUCUGAAAGCUUAAUUUUGCAAGAUGUCAAAUCAUGAAUGGACACAAAUAUUAACUGGUUUUGGCAAAGGCUGCUGCACCGACACAAUUCUUACUGACCAGGCCAAGGAAAUGACUGUUCUCAGGGACCGACCUUACAGGACAAAUGUUGCGAAGGAGAUGCAGCCUGUGAGCCACCUUGGAGCCAGAGCUAUGCAUAAAAGUACAUUGACAUUGGGAAGAAAAUCUGCAGUAUCAGAUUAUACAAGCUCCUAUAAGCAAUACUUUAUUAGUCAGAAAGCUCAACCUAUAAUCAAAUAUUCUGGUUACCCUGAUGAAAUAAAACACCUUGGUGUGAAUACAGAUGGAAAAGAACAUCUAACUACACACAGAGAAGCCUUUUUUGUUAAAGAAGUUAUACCACGCAGAAUUCUGAACAAAACAGUUGUUGAAAAUCGAAUGAAAAACACACAGGGCCUAGCAAUGAAAGAAAUUACCACCGCUACUAGUGGCAGGGCAAGUUACUGCACUUCUUAUUCCUCAGUGCAUGGUAUCAGAGCCCAUCAUCCAACAUCUGCUCAUAUUGCUGAACUUCAGCCAAAGAGACACACUCACAACAUCAUUACUGGUGAGGAAGGCCCCAGUGUUCAACCCACAAACUACAAGAGAAAGUCAGGAGAUUGGCUUCAACAGUGUUCAAGGCAACGUGGAUGUUUUUAUGAUCGUUUCUUUCUAUACUGAGAGUAGAACAGUUUAAUCACUAUUUAUAAUAAGAGUAGAAUCUGGCUCUAACUCACUAUGUGGCUCCUUCAAAUUUCACAACUUGUCAGAUUUUAUUACAUUAACAGAUCAAGCUCAAACUGGAAAUGUUUUUGAUUUGUAAUUGAAAUGAUAGUUGAGCUGAAUGAUUUUUCUGUAUAUAACAUUGUUAACCCAUCUAUAUGUUAUCACUGAGUGAGAUGUAAUGUAUUAUAUCAGUCUUUAAAUUGACAAUGUAACCAAUGCAAAUGUAACAUAGCACUGAGUAACUUUAGUGUACUUGGUGCAUGUGACAUUGGAUUGGUUCACUGUAAAUGAUCAAAUUGCAGAAUUUUGGAAUAAGUUUGAAGACAGGGAGAAAAAUAUUUAAAUAAGCCUUAGUUACAGAAAGGUCAUUAAAUGCCAAGUCCUCUAAUACUACACUAAUUUUUAGAUUGUUUAAUCACACUGUUCAGAUGUGUUAUGACAAAAUCUGCAGCAGGUGGAACUUGAACCUGGGCAUCCUGGCCCAGAGGUAGGGGCAUUAUCACUGUGCCACAAGACCUUCGAAUUUUCAUUUCUAUAACUGAGAAUUAUACUGUGUGCACAGUGUGCAAACAGGUCAUUUGGCCUCACUUGUACAGACCUCUUCCAACAUCGUUCCUGUAACCUGAUCAGCAAAUCUUAAUUCUUUCUCAUUCAUGUAUUUAUCUAGUUUUCUGUUAAUUGCAUUUCUGAUAUUCACCACAAAUCCUCCAUGUGGAGCAAGUUUCCCAUUGUGGGUAUGGGGUAAUGAUGUAUGUUGUACAGGCUAAAAUCUGAGCAGUUCAGUUUGAGCAUUAAUUGGAAGUCUCCCAACAUGUUAAUGUCUCUGUUGAGUUCCAAUCUCUUCCCUUUUUAAAAAGAUUGUGGAAUGCAGCUGCAACAAGCAGGUACAAGGCUAUCUGCUUCACUUAAUCUAUUCACCUUCACCAGUGUUAAUUCUUAUCUUAAUCCACUGGUAAACUGAAACCAUUCCACUAGGCAUGCUCAUUGAGGGCCGUUACACUCUGGAAAGCAUGUCAGCUGGAUGUUGACAAAUUAUCUCAAACAGAAGCCAAACCCUCCAAAAUAAAACAGUAGCUUGUUAAUGUCCUGGAUGCUGUUUUCCUUUUUCUCCCCUUUAUUCCUUCAUGAGAUGUGAAUGUCACCAGAAAACCAGCAUUUGAUUCCUAUGUUUAACUGCCCUUGAACCAAGUGGCUUACUAAGCCAUUUCAGAGGGUCUGGAGUCACAUGUAGGCCAGACCAGGUAAAGAUGGCAGAUUACCUUCCCUAAAGGGCAUCUAUGAACCAGAUAGAAUUUUACAACAAAUGACAAUGAUUACAGGGUCACCAUUACCAAGACUACCUUUUAAAUCCAAAUGAAGAAAGCUGACUGAGGAUUUGAAAUUGAAUGGAAAGUUUUAUUGACUAAAAGGUGUGUGUCUUGCAAAAUAUGCUUUAGUUACUUAGCUUAUGCAAAUUUAUCAUUUAAAUUCACCAUUUUGACUUUAUGUAUUUAGUGGUGAAACAGGGAGACAAUGACUUUAUUCCAAUAACCUGGUCAUAAGAGAGCAGUCCCAGAAGCUUUCAUUAAGGUUUUUUUUUUAAAUUAUGGAAGCUUCUAGGCUAUUGAGGAAAACUAGGGCUGAAUGAUUUGUUCUGGAUUGGUGAAACACAGGUAAGAUAGACCAAAUGGCCUCAGAAAUUGCACUUGAAUAAAUGUAUUAAUCUAUACUACACCCUCAAUAUCUUUCCCAAGGUGUAUGCUGCAUCUUUUAAUGUGAUAAAAUACUUCAGGAGCAAUUAGAUAAUGUUGUGACACUAAAAACUUCGUCAGAGAUUUUAAGGGGUGGCAUGAAGUAGGAGGCGAGAGGAUUUUGGGCGGAGAAUUGUAGAGUUUAAAGUUCAGGUGUCUGAAGAUGUGACAGCCAGUGUUGGAGGGGUGAAAUUGAGGCUGUACCAGGAACCAAAACGGGUGGAACGUAGUGACCUGGGAGGGGUGUUGGGCUGGAGGAGAUUACAGUCAUUGGGCAGGACCAAGCCAUGGAAGGAUUUAAAAGAGGAAUGAGAAUUUUAAAAUGGAGGCAUUGUUACGCAGGAGGCAGUGUAUGUUAGAAAGCACAGUGGUGGUGGUGAUGAUUGAGAUUUUGUGCAGGAUUCUGGCAGCACAGUUUGGAUAGUUUUCAGAUUUAUGGAACUUGCAAAACUGGUCAUGGCCACAGAACUAAAAAGCAAACAGGGUUUCAGCAGUAGAUGAGCUGAGGGAGGGUUUAGAGUGUAGAUGGGCAAUGUAACCAGGUUGGAAGUAGCUAGUCCUGGUGAUGCGGAUAGAGGAAUAUCAUCUCUGUUCAGGGAGGUGGUUACCAGUUCCAUCAGUCACCAGUACCACAAUCAUGGAGGUGGUGAAUGGCCCCUCAGACUUCUCUCUUUGUUUGACUGCAGCAGGUUCUUUUAAAAUAAGGAUACGCUUGAGCAGGUUAGUGAAUGUUUAACUGUCCACGUGCUGUGAUAAUAAAUGGACUAUGAGACAUGUUUUUAU